ACUUGACUGGGUCGAUCGUCGGCGACCAGGUAGCUCAAUUGGUAAGAGCGUCCGUCUAGAGUUCGUAGGGGCCCGGGUUCGAACCCCGGUCUGGCCACUGCAAUCUCAGUUUCUGCUGUUACAAAAUUAGCGAGCUUGCCAACCCUUGUUGCAAGCACUGGAUGAAUGCUUUGUAAGGAAAUAUCCGAACAUGAGUUGUAAAUAGUGAUGUCUUCGGGGCCGAAGACUUGGAACAAUGAGAGAGGAAUGCAGCGGAACUGGACUGGUUCGAUCGUCGGCGACCAUCUGCGAUAGCUCAAUUUGUAGAGUGUCCGUCUUAAGUUCGGAGGGUAGCGGGUUCGAACUCCGGUCUGGCAGUUGCAUUUCUCUCUCUCUCUCUCUCUCUCUCUCUCUCUCCUGUUACAUAUGUAUUUACAGGUAUUAAAACACACUUAAAAUAAUUUAGUGAAAGAUUUGCUGUAUAUGACACAAAUCUCUACGAAGCAUAAUCAAGCUUCUCUUUAAAUCUUAUGUUCAAUGAAAAAUUGUUCGAGCAAACCUCUUUAUGAACCUUUAUGCAUACCGCUACAUUUUUUUAAGAAAUGAAGACAGUUUAAAAGAUUUAAUGCCUGCGUACGUUGUAAAUAGGCUGUAAAAGAAUGAUUGUGUUGACCGUGACCAAGAUGUAAGUAAUUUGAUAUAAAAUGAUCACUCAAAUUUCUAUCGACACUUCAAACAUAGUUUAGAAAUAGCUUAACCCGUCUUUAUUAUAACGAAACUUGUGUGUCAGUGAGUGUACGCUGUAAGCCCUGACCUACACUUACAUUGACUGAAUAUAUAUAUGUACCUACCACAUAGUUUGGCUAUUAAAUACCUUGCUAUUGUAAAGUAUGAGCCGAGUGACGUUUGUUUAAUAAAGGGAUUUUGGCUUACUCUCUCCCAAGUAAAUGACGACUGUUCGCGUUGCUUGGUCCUUUCAUAAACAAACAAAAUGGCGACCCAAACCGUGUGGCUGGUGUUUGUAACUCUCUUCCAGUUGAUUUCACUCACCCAGUCAAGUCUGUGCUAUUAUGGGAGCUAUUACUACUAUUCCUAUUACAAUAACUACUACUACAACUCUUACUACUGUGCCGAUGGCUGCUGCGGGUACUACUACUCUCGCUACUGCUGCAGCAGCGUAAGCUAUGGAUCUAUUGUUGGCGGUGUCAUUGGGGGCAUCAUCAUCCUGGCAAUAUGUGCAGUUGUAAUUAUCAUCUGUUGUAAAGCCAAGAAUACAACCAGACGCUCUGGUGUUGUGAUUCCACAGAACAGAACGACAGUUACCACAGUUUCGAAUUCACAACCAGCGCCACCACCACCUCCUCACGGUCAGCCGUACGGCCAGCCUUAUGGUAUGCAACCUCCACCAUACCAACAACAGCCCGGGAUGAGCUACCCACCACCCCAGCAGCAGUAUCCCCCUCCACCACCUGCAACCUACGAUAACCCGGCUUACCCUCCUCCUCCAAAGUAUUAAGCGACAACGUUGACUUGUGGUUAUAGAUGACUUAGCCACGGGAUUUUCCCAUAGAUGCUGAUAUGACGAUGGAAGUGGGCCAUGUCUUAUCUUAUAGACGUUGCUGGAUUUCUACCAUAUUUCUAUCCCUAUGACUCCUAUAGAACUGGAUCAUAUUCUCUCCCAUAGCCAUUGAUGGAACUUGAUCUCUGAUAUAUAAAUUGAUCGAACAUUACCAUAUUUUGUCCAUAGACGUUGAAUGAUAAGAAUCAAAUUUCCUCUAAGAGACGUUGUUGGAUCAGUUCUACAUUCUUUCCCAUAUACAUUGAUAUCAAAGGGACUGUUUGGAGAAAUACAUUCGGCGAUCAUUCGGCUGCAAGCCAGCCAAAGGAAUAAGUGUAUAAGUGAUUUAUAGUAUCGAUGUGAUUAUUGCUUUUGUACUAUUAUUUCUAAGUUAUAUAAGAAUUCAAUGUAUAUGUAUUGACAUUGACAAAGGGGACUAUUGCCUCUAUAUGUUUACACAUGAUGGUGUUCGCACGAUCUGUCUGUCUAAAACCUUUCUGUAUAUAUACAUGCAUGUGAGUGCACCAGAUUGUCGUAGAUGAAAACAACACAUAUACAGCUGCAUACCAUCACUUAGAGUGGUAUUUAACAUGUGCGAGCUUAAUUGUGCACAGACGAUUUGAAUAAUCAUUUCUAUUAAACUUUUAACAAUCAA